AUGGAAAUAAAUUAUGGAUACUUAUUUUAAUCAUCUGAAGAGUAUAUAAUAAACAAUGGAUGUACUUCUUAAAUUUACACUUAUACUAAAGAUUAUUAUAAUAAAUUUUCAUAGAAAUAUUUCGGUAUUCAAGAAGUUAUAGGUGUCGUUAGAUUAGAAAUGGAUUCUUCAAUUUUUUAUGUUAGAAAUUAAUAUCCAACCAUAAGCGAAGUUUUGGCUAACAUUAGUUCAAUAAUUUAAACAAUAUUAUUGAGUAGAUACUUUUUCUAUGCUUUAAAUAGAAACUAAUUAAAUUCUUAUAUGAAAUCUUUGAUAUUGACUAACUAUUAUCCUGAAUGGAAAGAUAUUAAGAAAAUCAAAAACAAUUAAAAAAUAACUUGUGUCUUAGAUGAUAGGAACAUAAAUAAUACAAGCGUUUAGAAAUUUGAGAAAGAAGUUAAUGAGAUGUUAAAUCUUAAAUUUGACUUUAUUAAUUUAAUAUACGAAAUAAAUCAAAUGUAGAAGAUUUUAUAAUUAAUUUCACCACCUGAUAUAUUAUUGAAUAUUCAUUCAAAUUAAUCCAAAUUAUAAUUUUUAGCGGAUCAAGAUUCAAAUAAAUUUAAUAUUAAAAAUACAUGGUCUUCAUUUAAGGAUUAUACAGAUGCAAUUCACUAAAACUAUUUGGAUCCAUUUUUAUUUAGUUUUCAUUGGAAAACAAAGAAUAAGAAUAGUAGUUUUUAUAAGAUGUCGUCUGGCGAAAAUAAAUAAAUAUAAAAAUAAUAUGAACCUACUUAAAAACAGGAUAAUGAAAUUUAAGUUGAUAAUGAAUUAAAAUUUUAAGAUAUUAAAAUUUGUACUGAGAAUAAUGAUUAAUUAUCCAUAAUUGAAUAGUAAAAUUAGAAAUGA